GAUGACAAGUGUAAGAUGACGUAAACUUUGAAGAAGAGGAAGAAUUUUGAUUUGUGCUGCAAACAUAGAGAGGGGCCUUGUCUGGGUUAUGUCUUUGGGAAGGCUGCUCCGAGGCUACGUGGCGUAAGCGGGAAGGGAAACUGAAACCCGAAGCUCCCUCCGGUGGCUCGGAAUGGGCGGCGGCCCCAGUUAGAGGGAACCGAACAGGAACCGGGGAUUUACGCAGUUAAAAGGCUCUUUUCAGGAGCAGCGCCCAUAGCUGACCGUCCCCCCAGUCCUGGCCCAGCACUCGGCGGGAGGGACCGGAAGAGGAAGUCGGGGCUGCACCCCAAAGGUCCGGGUGCCACCAGCGCAGCUUGUGCCCAGCUGCCCGCCCGCGGGAUGGGGCUGCUGCAUUCGCCGCUUGCUCCCCUGGUCGCCCUGCUCGGGAGCUGCCUGCUCGGACUGGCAGCUGCUCAGGAAGCCAUCCUGCACGCGUCUGCAGAAGGCAAACCUUCACUUUCCAGAGACUACUGCGUGCACUAUAACCCCAACUGGACGAGGCUUCCAGGUUCCCUAGAAAAUGCAACUUCUCUUAGCUUGAUGAACCUGACUGGCACGCCACUGUGCCACCCUUCUGAUAUUCCUCCUGGUGGCAUAAAGAACAAAGCAGUGGUGGUACAAUGGGGACCCUGCCAUUUUCUUGAAAAAGCCAAAAUUGCACAGGACGGUGGUGCCGAAGCGCUGCUGAUUGCCAACAGCAGCAUCCUGUUUCCUUCCUCAAGGAACAGAUCUGAAUUUCAAAAUGUGACUAUACUAAUUGCAGUUAUAAGCCAAAAAGACUUUGAAGAUAUGAAACAGACUCUCGGUGAUAACAUUACUGUGGAAAUGUACUCUCCAUCCUGGCCUAACUUUGACUAUACUAUGGUGGUUAUUUUUGCAAUUGCUGUGUUCACUGUGGCAUUAGGAGGAUACUGGAGUGGACUCAUUGAAUUGGAGCACAUGAAGGCAGCGGCCGACGCUGAAGAUAGCGAGAUGAGGAAGAAGAAGGAGGAGCACUUGACUUUCAGCCCCCUCACGGUCAUUGUGUUUGUGGUCAUCUGCUGUGUAAUGAUCGUCUUGCUUUACUUCUUCUACAAGUGGCUUGUUUAUGUUAUGAUAGCAAUUUUCUGCAUAGCCUCGGCAAUGAGCCUAUACAACUGUCUUGCUGCAUUGAUUCAUAGGAUGCCAUGUGGACAGUGCACGAUUUCGUGUUGUGGCAAAAACAUUAAAGUGAGCCUGGUUUUCCUUUCUGGCCUCUGCAUCUCUGUCGCUGUUGUGUGGGCUGUAUUUAGAAAUGAGGAUAGGUGGGCUUGGAUUUUACAGGAUAUCUUAGGAAUUGCUUUCUGUCUCAACUUAAUUAAAACAAUGAAGCUACCCAAUUUCAUGUCCUGUGUGAUCCUGCUAGGACUUCUCCUCCUCUAUGACGUGUUUUUUGUCUUCAUAACACCCUUCAUCACAAAGAACGGCGAGAGCAUCAUGGUGGAGCUUGCUGCUGGGCCUUCCGAGAACGCUGAAAAGUUGCCAGUACUUAUCAGGGUGCCCAAACUCAUCGGUUACUCAGUAAUGAGUGUAUGCUUCAUGCCCGUUUCAUUAUUGGGUUUCGGAGAUAUUAUUGUACCAGGCUUGUUGAUUGCAUAUUGUAGAAGAUUCGAUGUUCAGAAUGGUUCUUCUAUAUACUAUAUUUCAUCCACAAUUGCCUAUGCUGUUGGCAUGAUAAUCACAUUUGUUGUCCUGGCGCUGAUGAAGAAGGGGCAGCCUGCUCUCCUCUACCUAGUACCGUGUACACUUAUUACCAUCUCAGUCGUUGCUUGGAGUCGGAAGGAAAUGAAAAAGUUCUGGAAAGGUAGCAGCUAUCAGGUGAUGGACCACCUGGACUACUCAACAAAUGAAGAAAACCCAGCGACUACUGAAGAGCAGACUGUACCACAGUAAUCACGUGGACCUAUCAUGAUGUGUCAUUGAUUUUCUACAACUAGAAUUUGCCUUUUUUCUUUUCUUUUUUUUUUUUUUU